UCAAUAUAGAUUCUGACAGGCCAUGUUUGAUGUGGAAGUAUGGACACGUAUUAGACAUUUAAAGAUUUAACUUUAAUUUUACUAAAAAUAUUUCACCAUAACUCUAUAUUGUUAGUGUGGUUGUUCCAAAAGAAAAAAAAUAAUUGUGACACAGUUUAGUUUUGUUCUGUGACUUGUACUUAUAAGCAACAUGGGGGGUGUUGAGCAACCAUGCUACACUCUCAUUAACUUUCCCACUGAUACCGAGCCUUAUAGUGAACAGCAGCUGAAGACAGACCUUGAAAAGGGUGAUAUAAAGAAGAAAAUUGAGGCACUUAAGAAAACCAUUGGUAUCAUCCUGUCCGGAGAAAAGAUUCCAGGGUUGCUGAUGAUAAUCAUCAGGUUUGUGCUGCCGUUACAGGAUCACACCAUCAAGAAGCUCCUCCUCAUCUUCUGGGAGAUUGUUCCCAAGACCACACCGGAUGGGAAGUUGUUGCAGGAAAUGAUACUAGUCUGUGAUGCAUACAGAAAGGAUCUCCAACACCCCAAUGAGUUCCUCCGAGGUUCUACGUUGAGGUUCCUCUGCAAGUUGAAGGAGCCAGAGCUUCUAGAGCCCCUGAUGCCGGCCAUCCGAGCCUGCCUGGAACACAGACAUUCAUAUGUUCGGAGAAAUGCUGUGCUCGCAAUCUUCACCAUCUACCGAAACUUCGAGUUCCUGAUCCCGGACGCGCCGGAGGUGAUCGGCUCGUUCCUGGAGUCGGAGCAGGACAUGUCGUGUAAGAGGAACGCCUUCCUCAUGCUGCUGCACGCGGACCAGGAGACGGCGCUGGCCUACCUCUCGCAGCGCCUCGACCAGGUGCACGGCUUCGGAGACAUCCUGCAGCUCGUCAUAGUGGAACUCAUAUACAAAGUGUGUCACGCCAACCCGGCAGAGCGGUCUCGUUUCAUCCGCACGGUGUACGGGCUACUGAACGCGCCGAGCGCCGCUGUGCGCUACGAGGCGGCCGGCACGCUGGUCACGCUGUCCACGGCACCCGCCGCCAUCAAGGCGGCGGCGGCGUGCUACAUAGACCUGAUAGUGAAGGAGAGCGACAACAACGUCAAGCUGAUAGUGGUGGAGAAGCUGUCCGCGCUCAGGGACGUGAGCUGCGACGCCACCUCGCGCGCCCUGCCCGAGCUGGCCAUGGACGUGCUCAGGGUGCUGGCCUCCUCCGACCUGGACGUCCGCAGGCACACGCUGCAUCUCGCUCUGGAGCUGGCCACUCCUCGCCACGCGGACGAGCUGGUGGGCGCUCUGAGGAAGGAGGCGUCGCGGGCUCAGCUCGCGGAUCACGACGACGCGGCCAAGUACCGGCAGCUGCUGGUGAGGGCGAUGCAUCGAGCGGCCAUCAAGUUCCCGGAGGUGGCGUGCUCGGUGGCGCCCGGAUUGUUGGAGCUGCUAGGGGACGGCGGGGAGGUGGCGGCGCAGGACGUGCUCAUGUUCACCAGGCACGCGCUGCACGCCUUCCAUGACCUAAAACCUGGCAUAUACGCGAAACUACUGGAGAGUCUGGGCAGCAUCCGGGUGGGGAAGAUCGCGAGGGCCGCCCUGUGGCUGGUGGCCGAGUUCGCCGACAACGAGGACAACGUGAAGGCGGCCAUCGACGUCAUCGCGGCUGCCAUGCCGACACACAAAGACAAUGAGGAGGACGGCGACAAGGACGGCGCUGAGGCUCCGCCUAAGGAAAAGGAGAAGGAGGCGCCCACUCGACAGCUGGUCACCAGCGAUGGAGCGUACGUCACGCAGUCCGCUUUCAACCAGCCCAAGACUCCUGUGACUGACAGCGGUCCGGGUCUGAGCGCGGCGCUGGUGUCCGGGGAGAGCUUCACGGCGGCGUGCGCGUGCUCCGCCCUCGGCAAGCUGGCGUUGCGCGCUCCCGGGGAGCAGGGGGCGCGGGCGCUGGCUCUGGCCGGCACGCUUCUCGCGGCGCACGGGCGGGCCGUGCUCACGGCGGACGACCUGGAGCACGGCGUGCGCUGCGUGCGCGCCGGCGCAGAGCGACCCGACGUGCUCAGCGAGGCGCUCACGGCCGGAUCCCGGAAAGCGCUCGCCUCGCUACUGACGCUACCACAUCGCUCGGCACCGACCCUGCUCCCUGAGGGCUCCCCCGAGCGUCCCGAGGCGUCUUCUCGUCCGACGUCUGUUCCCAUCGAGCGCGGGAUAUCGUUCACCGCCCUGGCGCCGCUCGCCGCCGCCGGCAACAGAGACGUGUUCGAGCUGGCCUUGGAUAGAGCUUUACAAGGUCGCACCAAGCCGGCCAGCGACGACGGCGGUCGUUUGUCCAAGGUGACCCAGCUGACGGGCUUCUCGGACCCGGUGUACGCGGAGGCGGUCGUGUCAGUCAAUCAGUACGACAUAGUGCUGGACGUGUUCGUCGUCAACCAGACAGACGAUACCCUCCAGAACUGUACGGUGGAGUUGGCGACGCUGGGCGAGCUGCGGCUGGUGGAGCGGCCGGCGGGCAUCGUACUGGGGCCGCGGGAUUACGCCUCCAUCAGGGCGCACGUCAAGGUCGCCUCCACAGAGAACGGCAUCAUCUUCGGAAACAUCGUGUACGAGGUGUCCGGCGCGUCCAUGGACCGCGGCGUGGUCGUGCUCAACGACAUCCACAUAGACAUCGUGGACUACAUACAGCCCGCCGCCUGCAGCGACGCCGACUUCCGCACCAUGUGGGCAGAGUUCGAGUGGGAGAACAAGGUGUCCGUGAACACGAACAUCACGGAGCUGAACGAGUACCUGGAGCACCUGCUGGCGUCCACCAACAUGAAGUGCCUCACUCCCGAUAAGGCCCUGUCCGGUCAGUGCGGGUUCAUGGCGGCCAACCUGUACGCGCGGUCCAUAUUCGGCGAGGACGCGCUCGCCAACCUCAGCAUCGAGAUCCCCAUGAACAAACAGAACGCUCCCGUCGUGGGACACGUGCGGAUACGGGCUAAGACACAGGGCAUGGCUCUCAGUCUGGGCGACAAGAUCAACAUGAUGCAGAAGACUCGCCCGAAGAAGCCCAAAGAUCCCACGCCGGCUGCCUAACAGACAACCGUCCCAGGCUCAGCUCUCAGCAGGUCGCUCAUCGAGAACACAUCCCCGUACGUCAUAGUGGCCAUCGUAUUCCUAGUAGCGGCCACAACUAUGCACUACAUGCUGAACUGAGUCGCUGCCGGAGGUCUGGAGUCCAUCGCGUGUAACACUGUAGCUUAUAGACUAACUAUGUGUAGAGUAACGAUUGAACUAUCAACAAAAACGAAGCGGAUGUUAUGUUUUAUGGAAGUUAAUAUACAGAAUAAUAAUUAUAUAAUAAUUAUAUAAGUCUGGACUUUACAGUGCUGCGUUUACUCGAUGUUCCGUCUGUAAAGAUACGGAUAACCGUGCAUCGUGAGUGCGGUCCAUAAAUAAAUGUCGUGUAAUCUGA